UUUCCUCGUUUCAAAGUAAUUUCACGGUAGAGCGAUGCAAUUAGCUUAUCAUACGCGCGGCAUCGGUACAAUAUUUUAAUCAAGCGAGCUGGAAAAACGAGGCAGAAACUCAUUUGCGGCUCCACAGGUACAGCCGCGUGUUUUCCGCUGGCGUAGCUGCUUAAUUUCCACCCUUCAAUCACAGGCAGCGGUUUUGGCGAGAGAGAGAAAGGGAUGAAUUCAUCAUAUCGAGGCUGAGUGGCGCGCGGUUGAACGGGGGGCAGACCUCAGUCUGACAGACAAUAGGAAGACUGGUUGAUGAAUGGGUGCUGGCCGGGACGAGCUGCUCGAGAGUCGCGUGCCGAUGGCCCUGUUCGGCAUGGUGUGGCUGAUGCGGGUGCGCGCCAGCAUGCAGCAGUGCACAAAGUGCGGCCAGGGCCGACCGCCCCGAGCCCACCCUGACGACGCCGAGCCGCCCCCGCGGCCUAUCCGCUGCCGGAGCAAGUCCUCCUCGCCCUUCUGCGAGGUCCACGGAUACACUACGCCUGACAUACAAGAGUUUUACGAGCUUACGCUGCUCGACGACACCAAAUCCAUUCAACAGAAGACUGCAGAAACCAUUCGCAUCGCCAACAAAUGGGAGGCGACGGACGGGCUCGGACAGCCCCCUUACGAGGGCAUAGGCUUGUUGCCCCUCAGCCGGGCCCUCUACGACCUGGAACACAGAGCCAUCAGCUCCGACGAAGUCGCCCUCACUUACCCGCCACCGAAGCCGAGGUAUGCGCCGGACGACGAUUUAUUGACCUCACAUUCCCCUCAACACGAGCAGGGCCACGUCAUCCUGCGAAGUGAUAAUUACGCUCAGAGCAAUGAUGGCUGGUCGGAGAGCGAAAAUGUGAACGGCGGUAGUGGAGCCGGAGGUCACUUGGGCUCUGCAGGGUCGCUGAACAUGGCACCGUCUUCGCCGCAACCGCAGCAGGCGGAACCUGAGUAUGUCACCGAGGAAAUUGUGCUAGAGCGCGGCGGCGCCGGGCUCGGCUUCAGCAUCGCCGGCGGCACCGACAACCCUCACCAGGCUGGCGGUGACUCAGCCAUUUACGUGACAAAGCUCAUCCCUGGCGGCGCCGCGUGGGCCGACGACCGGCUCAGGGCUAACGACGCCAUUCUCAAGGUGAACGAUACCGUGGUGGAAUGUGUGCCGCACGCAGUCGCCGUCGAAGCCCUCAAGCAGGCUGGCAAUACCGUCCGGCUGUGGGUAAGGAGGCGUGUGCCGUCCCGCAACUCUGGCGUCAUCGAGAUCGAGCUCAUCAAGGGCACCAAGGGCCUGGGCUUCAGUAUUGCUGGCGGCAUCGGCAACCAGCACAUUCCCGGCGACAAUGGCAUUUACGUCACAAAAAUCAUGGACGGCGGGGCCGCCCAGGCUGACGGACGUCUCAACGUCGGGGACAAACUCGUCGCUGUCAGAAACACUCCGAACGGAGAGUGCAGCCUUGAGAACGUGACUCACGAGGAAGCAGUUGCGGUGCUGAAAGCCACCCAGGACCGCGUGAUCCUGCUGGCGUGCAAGCCAACGCAGCCCUCGCUGACGGUGACGGACGCCCCCAGGCCGCCACCAUCGCCUUCGCCCCCUCAAACGUUCCGGCAGGAGUCACCCAAGCCGGCACCGGUGAGGGAAGAACUGCCCCCGAUGAGGUACUCAGAGAGCCUGACGCCGCUGGGCAUGCAGCCGCUGCCUCCAGCCAGGGCUGUCAGUGAGGAGGACAUCACCAGGGAGGCGAGGAACAUUGCCUUGCAGAAGUCGUCGGCUGGAGCGCCCGGCAGCUCUGGUGGUGGAUUGGGCUUUAACAUAGUCGGCGGGGAAGAGGGAGAGGGAAUUUUCGUCUCGUUCAUUCUAAACGGCGGCCCUGCAGACCUGGGCGGUGACCUGAAGCGGGGAGACCAAAUUCUGAGUGUGAAUGGUCAGGACUUGACCAAUGCUACGCACGAGGAGGCAGCUCAGGCCCUGAAGGGUGCCGGACAAACAGUUCACAUUGUGGCGCAGUACAAACCUGAAGAGUACAACAGGUUUGAGGCUAAAAUACAAGAGCUGAAGCAGCAAAUGAAUCAGCAGAUACUUCUGGCCAGCAGCAACCAAAAUUUGAACGCAGCAGUGAAUGCACCAGGCACCGCGACUCUUUUGAGGACAUCGCAAAAAAGAUCCCUUUACGUCAGGGCUUUGUUUGAAUACGAUCCCAGCAAAGACGAUGGACUUCCAUCAAGGGGGCUUCCUUUCAAGCAUGGAGACAUUCUCCACGUGGUGAACGCCAGCGACGACGAGUGGUGGCAGGCCAGGCGGCUGCCCUCCAACGGGGACUCAAACGAGCCUCCGGGUCCAUUAGGAAUAGUGCCAUCGAAAAGGAGGUGGGACCGCAAACAGAAGGCCAGGGAUAGGUCGGUCAAGUUCCAAGGUCACAUCGCCACUUCAAACGACAAGCAAUCCACUUUGGAGCGCAAAAAGAAGAAUUUCUCGUUCAGCAGAAGAUUCCCAUUCAUGAAGAGCAAGGACGAACGGUCUGAGGACGGAUCGGACCAAGAACUGAGUCCAACAAUGUCGCCCGGCGAUGCUGACGGACAGAACAUGCCCUUCAUGCUUUGUUACACUCAAGAUGAGGCUCAACACGAAGGUAUGGAAGAUGAGGUCGGCGGCAACGUGCUGUCGUAUGAAACAGUCAGACAAGUCACGAUCCAAUACGCCAGGCCGGUCAUUAUUUUGGGGCCUUUGAAAGACAGAAUCAACGACGACUUGAUCUCCGAGUUCCCAGACAAAUUCGGAUCAUGCGUCCCACACACGACGCGGCAGCGGCGGGAGUACGAGGUGGACGGACGGGACUACCACUUUGUCAGCUCGCGGGAGCAGAUGGAGAAGGAUAUCCAAAAUCACAUGUUUAUCGAGGCUGGUCAGUAUAACGAGAACCUGUAUGGAACGUCGGUGGCGUCGGUGCGCCAAGUGGCCGAAAAGCUAAAGCACUGCAUAUUGGAUGUGAGCGGAAACGCCAUCAAGAGACUGCAAGUAGCUCAACUUUAUCCCAUUGCGAUCUUCAUCAGGCCAAAGUCGGUUGAGUCCAUUAUGGAGAUGAACAAAAGAACAACAGAGGAGCAGGCCAAGAAGACGUAUGAAAGGGCUUUGAAAAUGGAGCAGGAGUUUGGAGAGUAUUUCACAGCUGUGGUUUCGGGAGACACCCCUGAGGAAAUCUACGGCCGCGUUAAGGAGGUGAUAAACAGCCAGUCAGGGCCAAGCAUUUGGGUGCCAUGCAGGGACCAGCCUCUGUGACACGGGGAGUCGGCGCCUAGCCGCAACCCCUCCGCCGACCACUGGGUCAUGCCCUCACGAUAGACAUACAUCACCCGUUGUAUCGAGUCCUUCCACGAAGAUGCCCGGUUUAUAUAUUUGUUAUGAUCGAGUAAUCAAACGCCUCCCCCCUCCCUCAUGUGUUUUUGUGUAAAAAGCAGUAAGUCUGUCUUGCUAUAUUUUUUAACUGUUUAUUUUUAACUGUAUUUCCAUGUUGUUGAUACUUAUAACACGUAAUUGCGUGUCGGAAGGAUUAGAGGAAUGUAUGGUACUCCUUUGUUUUACAUGUACUUCUUAACCACCAGGACAUUCUUGCGCAUCUUUGCACACAUACGCAAAGUUUUGUUUUGACGAGAGGAUCAAGUUGGUCGACUUUGAACCAAAAAACAAUUAGAGUAACGAGAAAAUAUUGCCUUCAAAUCUGUCGGAAUAUGAAAAUCGACUCACUUAAACCGAUUCGGUGCAUUUCUUGAGGAUAUUUAAGCUCAAAUUAUCGUUAGCUGCCUGAGAAUCAAAAGAGACAUGUAUGAAAUUUUGGACAUGAUUGUAACUAACCGCUUAACCUUCCUUAGAAUCUCUCUCUUCUUGCCUAACUACUUCUUGUACGUUUAAUUCAUCCUGCGCGCGCGUAACUAUGUAUUUAGGACAAUGGGCGUUGCGAAACGUUGCCAGCUCUUUUAUUCAAACUCGACAUUGUUACACACACAUUUUCCGGAGAGACUGCGUUGUUUCGUAAAUUCUAUCUACUCUACACUAUCUCCGCCACUUAUUUUGAAUCUCCCAACAUAGCCUGCCCUCUUACAAAAAGAUACUAUAUUGUUAACGUUCAAAAUACAAAAAAUAAUAGCGAAUAUAAUGAAUGUUAAUGUAAUGGUAAGGAUUAAUUGCUACCUGCUGUUACGUCCUAUUGAAUAAAGAGAUGAUUUUAGCAAGAGUUAGAGACAAUGAGGGUUACGUUUGAAAACGAUGUUUGCUGUCCUCAUUAUGGAGUAUUAACACAGAAUUGUUUCAAGGCUGUAAAAACUUAUGAAAAUUAAUUCAUUAUAACACAGGAUUAAUAUUAUGCCUAUAAAUUAUUAUGAUUUGUGGUGUGUGUAUAAUCAUGAUGUAAAUAAAUUUCCCAGACAAGCUAUUAAAAA